AUGGCUUCGCCCGUUGCCCACACCAUGAUGCAGAACCUACGAAGAAGUGGUGGAGGACAGGAGGAGGACCCCACCGCCCCCCUCGAGAACUUGAACGUCAUGCACUAUCUCGGCUGGAUCUGGGUCGCUUUCGUCGGCACCUUCUUCCUCUACCAGGUCAUCUUCCACUUCUCCAAGUACCUCCGCACACUGGCCUGCCUCAACAACGACUCCCAGAGGUAUUUCGCAACCCCCAAUGCCGCCUUCGCCACCUUCAGGAAACACUUCCUUGAUGCACCGCUUUUCCGCACCCGCCACCACCGCGAGUUCAAGCUUUCCACCGCCAUCAACGUUGGAACUCUCCCCAGCCGUCUGCAGACCUUUAUGCUUGUUGGCUACUUUGCCACCAAUGUCGGUCUCAGCGUAUGGAAGAUUGACUGGAGCCAAAGCUACGCGGCCGCUGCUGGUGAAUUCCGCAAUCGUACUGGUGUCAUGUCCGUCAUUAACAUGAUCCCGCUGUUCCUUCUCGCCGGACGCAACAACCCCCUCAUCAAGCUUACUGGUAUCUCUUUCGACACUAUGAACCUGGUCCACCGUUGGUUCGGACGCAUUGUCGUCCUCGAGGCCGUCGCGCACACCGUUGCCUGGAUGGCCAGCAAGGUCAUGACUAAGGGAUGGGCUGCCGUUCAAGCAUCAAUCACUGGUAGCACUUUCAUCAUGACUGGUUUCAUUGGCACAGUAGCAUUUGUAUUCCUUCUGAUCCAGUCCCCCUCUCCAGUGCGUCACUCCUUCUACGAGGUCUUCCUGCACGGUCACAUCGUCGCCGCUGCUAUCGCUAUUGGCGGUGUGUGGGUUCACUUGGAAGGCAUGACUCACCAGAGGAUGAUGUACGGUGUGGUCGCCCUUUGGGUCAUGGAGCGCGCCUGGCGUUUCUUCCGCCUCAUCAAGGGCAACGUCGGAAACGGUGGAACUCAGGCCGAUGUCGAGGUUCUUCCUGGCGAUGCUCUCCGCGUCACAGUCCGCAUGGCCCGCCCCUGGACCUUCCGCCCCGGUCAGCACGCUUACCUUUACAUUCCUUCCGUCGGACUGUGGACCAACCACCCUUUCUCGGUCGCUUGGAGUGAAGAAGAGGAGGAUCUCAAUAUCACCAACAUGGUCGCCGACGAGAAGGGUCUUCCGAUGAACCGCCAGGAUAUCCUGGAAUCCCGCAAGACGAGCAUGUCUUACAUCAUUCGCCGACGUACUGGUUUUACCGAGAAGUUGUACAAGAAAGCGGAUCUCUCUGCUGCCGGCAAGUUUUCAUGCUCGGCAUAUGUUGAGGGUCCAUAUGGUGGUGAGGAUCUCAGCUCCUACGGAACUGUCAUGCUUUGGGCUGCUGGUAUCGGUAUCACACAUCAAGUUCCUCAGGUUCGCGAAAUCGUCGCUGCUUAUGCCAACGGUACCACCGCCACCCGAAGGCUGACCCUGGUCUGGAUCAUCCAAUCUCCGGAGCACCUCGAAUGGAUCCGCACAUGGAUGACCCACAUCUUGUCCAUGCCGCGCCGUCGUGAGAUUCUCAAGAUUCUCCUCUUCGUCACGAGACCUCGCAGCACCAAGGAAAUCCACUCGCCUUCGUCCAGUGUGCAAAUGUUCCCUGGCCGACCUAACGUGCAAGCGCUCGUCGACCAAGAGAUGAUGGAGGGUAUCGGCUCAGCAUGCGUGACAACCUGCGGAACGGGCGCGCUCGCUGACGAACUCCGCCGCGCAGUGCGCCAGCGCGAGACGCAAUGGAACGUCGACUUCCGCGAGGAGUCGUUCUCUUGGUAA